AUGACUUCUGAAACAAAUUCCAAUAAUGAUUUAAAUGAAGUUAUAAUUAAACAAUCAGUUGAACGAACAUUCAGUCAAAUAAGCAAGUUUGACAGUGUAAAAAAUGGUAAAGUUAUCAAGAUAGAAAUAAGUCAAGACGGAAAAAGUGUUAUUACUCUGAAAAAAGAAAAAGAUUCUUACACAAGAUACAAUUCAAAAAUAUACGUCGGAUAUCACAGAAUAGAAACAAAAACUGACCGUAACAGCCAAACGAAUGCAUCUGACAAUCUUAGCAAAUUCGAUAAUGAUGUAGCUCAUGACGACCUCGGCUUUUUUGAAACAAACACGAACCUUAACUGGUCGGUUGCGGUCAUUGAUACUUCUGAAGAUAUUUGUUGGAUCGCAUUUUCUUUUUAUGAUUUUUCAAAUCUCGAAAAUAAAUCGGACAGCGUAUUAGGGAAUUACCUGCUUAAUCAUCGUUAUCAUUCGUUUUCUGAAAAAAGUGUAUUUUUUCUUGUAUAUCAACACUUGAGAAAAAGUGUUCAACCGAUCCAUGUUGCAGGAACCGGAAAUGGCAUUAUCAAAUUUUUAAACGACAAAGAACUUAUCAUUUUAAGACGAAACAACUUUCGGAUAAUACGAUACAAUAGUAAAUUUCAUUUAAUCACGGGAAGCACGGGAAUAUACAAUUUUUUCUGGUCAAUCAAAGCUUUUUGGGACGUCACUAAUACUGGUAACAUUAUGAGAAAAAAGAGAAUAGAUACUGAUUAUGCUUAUCCACUUCCAAUGAACAAGUUCGCAAAAAACUCGAAAUACACCAAAGACAUAGUAGAACACAAAUUAACCAAUUCUGUAAAGGGUAAUUAUCUAUACUCGAUCAGUCGGCAUAGGAAAAUCGAACUUUGGAAAAUUGAACGUUAUAAUCUUUCAACAGGUCAACUUGAUAAGCUAUUCAAUAUCAAUCAAAUUCUAGCGAAGGUUCAAAAAAAGGAAUACAUUCAAAACGAUGACAAAAAUAAAGAAAUUUUGCCGGUAUUCGCCGUGUCUAUUGAUAAAGAACAACAAUAUUUAGCAGCAUCACUUGGCUUCAACUCUUUUACUAUUUAUUUUAUGCUAAACUCUAUCGAAUUGGUGACAUGUGAAUUACCUGACGACAAUGCAAAAAUCAAGUUUAUGGCAUUUAUCGCGAGUAAUACAAAGCUUUUGAUCGUCUUUGAGAAACCAUCGAUCGAGGAUCAAAGUCUACAAGGCCAAGACAUUGAAAAAGGAAUUUUGAUUUGGAAUAUGCCAGGAACUUUAAAAGUUGAAGAGAAUUGGGAAACUGCAGAAUUAAGAAGAAUUGCGAAUCAUCAUCACUUGGAAUUAACGGACAUAGAAGAACCGGAAAAUGUAUCAAUCAAAAGUUAUCACAUGUAUAAGUUAGAGUAUAAAGGAGAAUACAAAGAUGAGUAUAAGGUAAAGGAUCUUAAAUUUCUCGUAAGGGAGGAUGGUAUCUUCUAUACAAACUAUAAAAAGGAUGGUUUGAUCCAACUUUUUUAUCAAAACCCUGAUCGUGAUGAAAAUCUUGAUGGUAAUCAACAAAAAGACGAGCAAAAUCGUGUAUAUGCUAAUAAUUAUAAUAAAGGUUGGAAACUUGAAGACUGCAUUGAAAAAGAAAUCAUAAUUGACGGCAAGGAAAUCAUAAUCGGCGACAAUGAAAAGGAAAUCAUAAUCUGUGGCAAGGAAAAGGAAUUCACAAUCGGCGGUAAUAAAAUAAUCGACAGCAAUGACGGUAAAAAGAAAAUCACAAUCAACGGCAAAGAAAAGAAAAUUAUAAUCGACAAAAUAAGAAUAAAAAUCAUAGUAGGAAAUAAAAUAGUGAGGAUAUUAAAAAGACAUGAAGAAGAAUACUUUCUUAUUAAUAUUUGGUCAAUUCCAACAGACUUUUCCAAAUAUCUUACCGAUCCAAUUAUAUCCAAGAUUGAAUUUGUCGAGAAAAAUCAAUCAGUAAAAGUAACAUUAAAAUCAUGUGAUGAAAAAAACAAUCUUAAAUUUAGUCACAACCUCGCGAUUCAACCACAAGCUACAUCUAUAGUAGGAAUAUGCAGCAUAUUAAGCCUAAUGAUGAAUCAAAAAGAAGAGUAUAAAAAGACUCGCGAGUCUCAAAAAGUAAGAGGAAACUUUAUUCAAAAAUUUUUCGGAGCAGAAACAAACCAACGGGAAGAAUAUGAAUGGGAAGAAUGUGAAAAAUUAAUCCGUUCCAUAGGGAAAAUAGCGCCCAAUAUCAUCAAAGAAGCAAUCAGAGAUCCCGAUAAUUUUAGAAUCUUAGACGCUCGUUUUCGUAUCGUAGCAACGAUGAUUAAAGCGAAUUUUCAAAACCUAGUCAUUGAUUAUAUUUUAAAUGAACCUGAAGAUCGUUUACAUAUUCCUCAGCAAACUGUUCAAGACAAACCAAAAGAACCGUCAUUCAAUACAAUUUUCACUUUACCAAAAUCUCCGGUUGAUCAUGAACAUUUUACUGCUUUAUCAAUUGCAAUAAAUCAAAAUCAAUAUGAAACUAUAGAGAAACUUCUCGAUUAUUAUUCUACUUUAGCUAGAGAUAAUUCGAGUUGGAUGGCAACUGUCACUCAAGUUUUGCCAGAAUUAAUGACAAAAUUUCCAAAAAACUUCAUGCAAUUAAUGGAUAAAGAAGUUUUUUAUUCAAAAGAAAUUCCUCUUGAUAAAUCAUGGGAGUUUUAUCGACCAAAUAAUGAUCUGGAUGAGAUACGCUCUUUCUAUGUCGAAUUUAACCUUUUUGAUACUUAUCGUCAACAAGAGUACGAAAACAAAAAGAACAAUAUGUCUAGAUAUCGAAAGACGAAUAUGAAAUAUUUUCAAGUUCCUCUUCCAGGAUUUAUAAGUUGCUCAGCUUCUACGGAAAAAAUGACUAAUGCAGCAACGAUCUGUGACUUCUUUCUAGCUUUUUUCUUACUCGAGCGAAAUCAUGACGAAAGCCCAUUCAUUAGGCUCAUAGGUCAUGAUAAGACCGGAGAAAUUUACGAUAACCCAUCAAUAGAAGCAGUCGUCGAUUUUCAAUGUCGUGAUACCGUCGUAUACUGUUGGUUUCGUGCAGAAUUAAUACUAUAUUGUUGGUACGCAAUUGGAUUCAUCUGGAUAAGCUACGCAUAUUUGAAUAGAAUUGUGUAUAACGAUAAUCAACCAUAUAUAUAUACACUUAUUGGCUUGUUUAUCGGAGCUUAUACUUUAUUAAUUACAACAUUAAAGAGAGGACGUUAUUUAGCUAACAAGCAGCUAUUUGUAAAAAUUUUUUAUGCUUUUGAGCUUGCUAGUUUAGCUCUACAACUAAUUGGUUAUGGAAUGAUAGUAUAUAAUGACCUACGACUGGAAUCUGAUACUCCUUAUUGUCAAAAACAUGGUUCUCAGUGUAAAAUGCAAAUUAUCUUUUAUUCACUAGCUAGUUUAAUAGUUUGGAUUGGAUUGGUGUUUCUUCUUGUAGGCUUCGCAAUUUCUAUGUUAUUGCUUUUACGAUUUGCUCCAGGGAUCGGUAUUUUACCCAUAGUCUCUACAUUCAACGGUUCUUUCAUAGCAGAGAAUUCUGACAACGAAACUGCACAAAUUCUCGAAAACAACGUAACUUACCCCAACUUCACUAUCAAACAAAACUUGAAUUGGGCUGAUCGAUCAGACAAUUACUAUUAUUUUUGGGAUAAAUCAGUGGAAGCCGUAUACUUUUGGAUAAGUGGUCGCUGGGAUCAGAUCACAAAUUGGAAUUUUUGGCCAGUUGAUGUGGUCACUGUGCUCGCUAGUAUAUUUUUAGUUACUCUUAUGCAGAAUUUAUUGAUUGGUUUGAUGGGAGGUGUACUUGGUAAAUCGACUUUAGACCAUCGUGCGAUAAUUCAGAUGCGUGCAUUUCUAUUGAUUGACUAUCGUUAUGUUUGGCAACGAAAAAGC